CAGUGUGGCCACUGCAGGGUUACCUUCAUCCUCUCCCAUUUUUCUCCUGCCGUACCCCUACACACACUCCUUUCUUUUUCACCAUUCACUCUUUAUAAAUAAAUAAAAAAACAAAAAAAUUCAAUCUAGAGAGAGAAUCUUUGUGUUUAUGGGUGUGUGAGGGAGGGAGAGAGUGUGCGUAGGAUAACCAACGUGUGCCUCUCGUAAAAGAACCAAAAGCCAAAUGUCUUGAACCAUAGGGUGUGCGUAGGAUAAGCAGUCUGAAUCUUGAAGAUACAGUAAAGCAAAUGUCUGGGGGUGCGUAGGAUAAGCAGUGUUGUUCGGUGGUAUAUUGCUUCUGUGUAGCUUUCAAAUAUGGCAGUGGCGUAUGUUAGCAGAAGCCCGAAGAAAGUAUUGCAUAAGGUUGUUUUGUUGCCCAUUUUCAUCUUUUUGGGUCUUUCCUCGCUAUCUUGCGCCGCUAGACAGCCACCAGCUUCUAGACAGAAACUUCAAGUUCUUAAGCACCUAAAACGCCUCAAUAAAACCCCUGUCAAGUCCAUUCAGAGCCCAGAUGGGGAUAUGAUUGAUUGUGUACACAUCUCUCACCAACCAGCUUUUGAUCAUCCAUUUCUCAAAGACCACAAAAUUCAGAUGAGGCCAAAUUAUCAUCCAGAAGGACUUUAUGAUGAGAACAGAGUGUCCAAUGAAAGAGAGAACACAAUCAAGCAGUUGUGGCACGUGAGUGGCACGUGCCCUGAAGAUACAAUCCCCAUAAGAAGAACAAAAGAAGAUGAUGUGUUGAGAGCAAGUUCUGUUAAAAGAUAUGGGAAGAAGAAACACACUAGUGUUACUCCUAUCACCCCUAACUCUGCGGAUCCUGAUGUUGAUAAUGAAAGUGGACAUCAGCAUGCAAUAGCUUAUGUGGAAGGAGACAAAUACUAUGGAGCAAAAGCAACUAUGAAUGUUUGGGAACCAAAAAUACAGCAACCAAAUGAAUUUAGUUUGUCUCAAAUUUGGAUUUUGGGUGGCUCUUUUGGUGAAGAUCUCAAUAGCAUUGAGGCUGGUUGGCAGGUGAGCCCGGAUCUUUACGGGGAUAACAACACGAGACUGUUUACUUACUGGACUAGUGAUGCUUAUCAAGCAACAGGUUGCUACAAUCUACUAUGCUCUGGAUUCAUUCAAAUCAACAACAACAUAGCAAUGGGUGCAAGCAUCUCCCCUGUUUCUGCAUUUAGAAAUUCACAAUACGAUAUCAGUAUCCUCAUCUGGAAGGAUCAAAAGGAGGGAAAUUGGUGGAUGCAACUUGGGAACGGUUAUGUGUUAGGCUACUGGCCAUCUUUCUUGUUUUCAUACUUGGCAGACAGUGCUUCAAUGAUUGAAUGGGGAGGUGAGGUGGUCAACUCCGAGCCAGACGGGCAGCACACAUCGACUCAAAUGGGCAGCGGGAGGUUCCCGGAAGAAGGGUUCGGGAAAGCUAGCUACUUCAGGAACAUUCAAGUUGUUGAUAAAGAAAACCAACUAAGGUCUCCUAAAGAUAUUGGCACUUUCACAGAGCAAGCUAACUGUUAUGAUGUUCAAACUGGGAGUAAUAGUGAUUGGGGUCACUACUUUUACUAUGGAGGCCCUGGUAGAAACCCUAAUUGCCCUUGAUCUAAACCAUCUUUGUUCUAACCUUAAUCUGAAAUCUGCCUAUGUUAUAUAAUUUUUUUUUGUUUGGUUAAUUUGUAGGGUUUAGAUGGUACAUGUGAUCAUUUAUGUUGUAGGAAGUUUUGGGUCUUAAUUUUCCUUCUCCUGUUUGUUAAAUCUGAAAAGUUCUCUCUUAA